UCUUCAGAAAGGCAUAGAAGUUUAUGGAACUCGUCAAACUGGUUUUCCAAGUUCAAGAGGCCUAUGCCACUGACCUGGACUAUAAAAAGGAAUGCACUCGACUGAGUAUAGGCUCACUCGAGAAAAUGUUUUCUUGUUGGCUGUUGUUUUUCUCUUGUUUCGUGGCAUUCGUGCCACUUGGUUGCCAAGGAAACCAUCACGAAGGAUCUGCAGUUGAUUCGUCAUCGUUCGAUCACGACAUUUAUCCCCAUCAUUCCAUUAUUCACACUCUGUUGCACAGAUUCCAAGGACAUCAAACGGCAAACGAUCUUCCUCAAAACUGGCCUGCUACACCGAGGAAGUUUACAUUGCCCAUCUACUACCCAGCACACCCAAUAGGACCUGGUUACUUGUUUCAUCUGAGUCACUGGCCAGCAACAUUUGUGGUCCACAAAAAUGAUGAUAAUGAAGGCACUAAACGAAAAAAUUUGGAUACCGGAUCAGUAAAAAUGGACAAACAGGAAACCGCUGUCUAUUACCCAGUUAAUCAUCCACCACACCAUCAUUAUUUCCACCGGAAGAGCCUGCCAAUCCCUCGCCUAAUAUUCAAGCCACUCAACUUAAUUGUCUGGUAAAAUGCGUUAACGUUCGUUUGUGCUAUCUCCCUGUCUGCCCAGCAUACGGUGGAAUGGCUUUCAAGAAAUGCAUGUGAAUGUGCAACGAUACGUGCUACGUGAUUUGCAUAGAAUAAACAGCGGUACCGAAA